CCCAGCAAGUGAACUGCUAUGGAGCACAGGGAAGACUUCUAACACAUCCAAGGCCCGCGUGACCUGAGCCCAAUCUGCUUGUCUUUCAGUUGCAGUGACUAAGCCCAUCAUCAGGGCUGGUGAGCUGGGACUGAUGGUCCCGGCAGGAGCCAGGACCAGCCUGACCUGUGUGGCCACUGGAUCCCCACCCAUCAGCUACCGCUGGUUCCUGGGAGAGCCGGGAGGAAAAGCUCGGCUUCUGGGCAGUCAGGCCGAACUCACGUUUGACAGUCUGCGACCCUCCGACUCGGGGAAAUACUACUGUGAAGCAGAAAACAGGGUUGGGGCACGUGUCGCGCAGCAGAGCGAUGCUGUAGAGCUGACAGUGAGAGGUGAGUCCCCAUGCUAGAGCUUGUCAUCUCAGCUGCAGGAAAUGAUCA